UUAGGUCAUUCUAAAGUUUCUUCUUUGAUCGAGAUUGAUUUUGAUUUCCUUUACCGAGGAAAGACAAAUCUCAUGUUCGAUAGGUGGAACAGCUUUAAGGACAAAAUUCUGAUAUAUUUCAAACGGCACAUCCACAACGAAGACUGCAAGCGACAACUACUUGAUGUAGAACGCGCCAACGUUGAUGCCCAGGAUUACUUGACCCUUAUUUUGCUUAAUGCCGUCUUGCCGCCGACAUCUCGGAUCUUGAAUCAAAACGGGAAAAGGAACCAAAAACCGACAAUAGCGGAUGCUCAACUUUCGAUGGUACUAUGGCUUUCAAGCUUGAAUGACUAUGAACGUCGUAUCAACAAUAUAGUCAGGGAAAAGUAUUUAGAGGGAACAACAAUAUAGCUAUUUAUAAU